GUUUUUUGAACUCACCGCCAUCGAUUAAAGACCCGCAGCACGCGCAGAAGCUGACGUGUCUUGACAGAAGCAGUAGACAGGAGCACCGUUCGUGUCAUUCAUUUAUUUUCGCUGUUAGGUUAACGUUUCGACGGGUAUAUCACAGAAAUGCUGGGGAAAAUCAAAACGAAGCAGGACAAAAGUGGCGAGGUCAUUGCAUAUAGCGAAGCUGCAGUUUUAAACAAUGCUGCAGUUGUCGAAUAUUGUAAGAUAUCAAUGGCAGCGCUAUCGGGCGGUACAGCUGGUCUAUUAGGAUUAACUGGAAUAUAUGGGUUUGGAUUUUAUCUCUUUGCAGUUUUUGGGCUAUGGGCAAUGCUACUGAUGAAAGCGGGUGGUCAGUGGAAAAAAUAUUUUAUUAGUAGGCGGAAUCUUUUAACGAGUGGCUUCUGGGGAGGGCUUUUUACAUACGUAUUAUUCUGGACGUUUUUAUAUGGGAUGGUUCAUGUCUAUUGAGGAUGGGAGCAGCUGGUAACUCGCAGCAAUUAUAAUCAUGCAAUUACGUACAUAAUACCGUAAAGAUGCAUAAUUACAUAAAACAGUCAUUGAAUCGUUGUAUUUACAUCACCUGAGUACUUCAGAUACUGACCAAAUAAAGCGUUCACGUGAUAUUGUAUAAGUAUGUCGAUAUGUAUAUAGAAUACACUUUUAAUUAUGUAAUAAAACAACUACGGCUUUUA